AUGGCGGCGCAAAGAGGAGCAAACGUCGUUGAGAAGAAGAAGAGAUCAAAGAAGAGAAGGACGAGGACCGAAGGUGCGACAAGCGAGCCUUCACCGGCACCGACACCCGCCAAGAAAGAGAAGAAAGAGAAGAAGAAGAAGUCUCAAACUGCCAGUGCACCGGAUGCUCAGCCAGACGAAGAUGUUGUCAUGACGGAUGCACCAGCUCCUGCACCGCAAACAAAAGCAGCGUCAAAGGCCAGCAAACAGGCGCGAGAGGACUUCAGCGCUAUCUAUCUACGCAAAGUCGCAGCCGAGUUCGCCGAUGAUCUUGACAAAGUGCGUGAAGCGCAAGACUUCAAGGCAAGUAGCGUGCCGAUGCUCAUUCAUGCGCUCAAGCAAGGCGAAAGUCUGUUCAGUGUAGAAGAGCGAAGAAGGGUCGCUGGGGCUGCAAACGCGUAG